AUGUACAUCACGCCUGCGCUGGUCGCCGCCUGUCUCACCCUUGAGGCCUCCGCCCUCCUGGUACCUCUCGAGGUUGCAACUGCUGCGAAGCAGGCAAAGUCGGAACUCGCCUCCCUCCUCGCUACCACUGGUCAUACGGUUGACCUCGACUGCCCCGGAUGUCCAUACUUUGGCAGUGAAGAUCCGGCCGACCUGCAAGAAGAUGUUGAAAACAAGAUUCAUCUCGAAUUCGACGUCGACUCUGAACUCGGCCUCACCAUUAAUGACCUUCCCAUCUUCUCCUCCGACCCUAAUACUGCCUCUAUCCCCUAUAUCGUCUCCGCCCCUCAGAUCAGAGUAGAAGACGGUCAACAAACAGAACCGGUGCAGUUGGAUUUUGCCUGGGAGAGGUUAGCCCCCGUCACGUCUGCCGAAGAACCCGACAAAUCUAUCCUCCCUAUACGGUUCACGAUCCUUGGCCUUCAAGGCUACCCAGUGAAAGUCGACACCGUCGCCAUCGAUCUCCUCCAGACCCCCGAGCAGACCUCCAUUGCCCGGAUAGCCACAAUCCCUUUCGAAGACACACCUGGCGCCACAACUUGCGACACAUCCUCAAAAUGGUCUCUUUGCCGUCUGCGGGCCAUCAUCGCCGCUCGUCUCCAGGCAAUUAUGGAAGCGGCCACAGCACGCGCCUCUGCGGCGACCAAGGGCUGGGUGAACGGUGGCAGCAAGGGCUGCCAUGGUUUCAAACGUCCCAAAGGGUUUGGUCCUAUCGGCGGUGAGGGUCCUCGUCACGCCCAUCACAAGGGCGGCCCCCAUCAUCACGGUCACCACCACCACCACGGUCACCACCAUCGUCAUCACCGCUUCCACCGCUUUGGCCACAUGCUGCACCAAACGCUGCGUUUCUUCGUCAUCCCUGCCUUGCUGGGCGUUAUUGGUGGUCUCAUGGCCAGUGCCAUCGGUAUGCUCGUCGGCCAAAUGAUUUCCUACCUGUGGAUCAGAUUUCACCGCAACGGCCAACGCGGCACUGCAAGUCGCGAUAUUCGCGUUGUCGAGAUUGUCAUUGAUGAGGAAGAGAAGGAUGCCUUGAUCGUGACUCCGCAGAUCGAAAGCGAACUCCCUCCUCCCCCGGACUAUACGGAUGUCGAAGCCGGUACGCCGGAGAAAAUAUAA